UAUAACGUGGAGGUUGGAACAAGUUUUCCUCUAUAAAAAGGAACGCAUUAAUUUGCUGAGAAACACGAAGUGCAAAUAAGCAGAUAUGGCAUAUAUACCUCUCAUUGUUCUAGUUACCUCAUUGAUUACUAUCACACAAGGCGUUAUUACCCCUAAUCCUGAAACAGCUUCUCUGAAUCGGAAUAGUUUCCCAACAGGCUUCAUCUUUGGUACAGCAUCCUCGGCAUAUCAGUACGAAGGUGGAGCAAAUGAGGGUGGUAGAGGACCAAGCAUUUGGGAUACCUUCACCCAUAAAUAUCCAGAAAAGAUAAAAGACAGAGACAGUGGUGAUGUAGCCGUUGAUUCAUAUCAUCGCUACAAGGAAGAUGUUGGGAUUAUGAAGGAUAUGAAUUUGGAUGCUUACAGAUUUUCUAUUUCUUGGUCUAGAAUACUCCCUGAAGGAAAGUUAAGUGGAGGUAUAAAUCAAGAAGGAAUCGAUUAUUACAACAACCUUAUCAAUGAGCUACUAGCAAAUGGUUUGAAACCAUUUGUGACUCUUUUUCAUUGGGAUCUUCCCCAAUCUUUAGAAGAUGAGUAUGGUGGCUUUUUAAGCCCUCGCAUUGUGAAAGAUUUUCAAGACUAUGCAGACCUUUGCUUCAAGGAAUUUGGAGAUAGAGUAAAACAUUGGAUAACUUUGAAUGAACCAUGGAGUUAUAGCCAACAUGGUUAUGCAACAGGGGAAAUGGCACCAGGUCGAUGUUCUGCUUGGGCGAAUCCUAAUUGCAAUGGUGGUGAUUCCGCAAGUGAACCUUAUUUGGUCUCACAUCACCAACUUCUUGCUCAUGCGGCAAGUGUUCAUGUGUACAAGACCAAGUAUCAGACAUUUCAAAAUGGUUUGAUAGGCAUAACCUUGAAUGUUAAUUGGUACGUGCCGUUCUCGGAUAACAAACUUGAUCACAAGGCUACUGAACGAGCUAUUGACUUCCAGUAUGGAUGGUUUAUGGAUCCACUAACAACGGGAGAUUAUCCAAAAAGCAUGCGAUUCUUAGUGAGAACACGUUUACCAAAGUUUACAAAGGAACAAUCCAAAUUACUUAUUGAUUCUUUUGAUUUUAUUGGCAUAAACUACUAUUCCACUUCUUAUGCCUCCGAUGCACCUCAACUAAAAAGCAAUGCCAAAAUCAGCUACCUAACAGAUUCCCUUGCUAAUUUUUCAUUUGUGCGUGAUGGAAAACCCAUUGGUUUAAAUGUUGCUUCAAAUUGGUUGUACGUUUAUCCAAGAGGAUUUCGAGACCUUUUGUUAUACACUAAAGAGAAAUACAACAACCCUUUAAUUUAUAUUACAGAAAAUGGUAUAAAUGAGUAUGAUGAUUCAUCAUUAUCACUUGAGGAAUCUCUUCUUGAUAUUUAUAGAGUUGACUAUCAUUAUCGUCAUCUAUUUUAUCUUCGAGAAUCAAUUAAGAAUGGUGUGAAUGUAAAAGGAUAUUUUGCAUGGUCUUUGCUCGACAAUUUUGAAUGGCACUUAGGUUACACUGUACGAUUUGGAAUGAAUUUUGUAGAUUACAAAAAUGGCUUGGAAAGAUACCCAAAACUUUCAGCAUUAUGGUUCAAGGAUUUUCUCAAAAUUGAAAUCAAACUUCAUGAAGAUUCCAUGCAAUAAUACUAGUUACUAUUUGAGAUUCCUUAAAUUGUAAAUAUAUAUAUAUAUAUAUAUAUAUAUAGUUGCUAGGUUUAUUUAAUUCUUAGGCUAUUCCUUAUGAAUUUGUAGUUCUUAAAAAUAUUCUUGUGAAUUUAUAGUUCUUGGAAUUUAAAAUAUAUACAUAACACAGUGUAAGCUUGUUUUAAA